GUAGGUGAGCAACAGCGGGCUAGUUUGAAAUGUGGAAGCCAUAAUAAACAAAUAUGACGUGUUUAGGAUGCGGUUGACAACCGUCGUGAAGGUCGAAAAAGACAUUUAGAGCAUGUCUCGUUAUGUGAUUUCUUUGGAGGAUGCUUUUGAGCCAAGACGGAGAUUUUAUCAUCGACAGAGACUUGCGAACGAGUGCGCGACAGCUGCUGGCUAACGCUUAGCAUUAGCUCCCGGUGGCUCUGUUGUAGCGGUAUUGUGAAAAGUGUAAUUAUAUUAAUAUUAGAGGGAAAACGACAUUUCUGGAGCCACAAUGUCGUUUGCAGACGCCUCUUGUAUGUUGGCACUGGAGGAGCAAGUGAGAAGCUUAUCGGAGGAGUUGGUGCAAUGCCAGGCCGAUAAAGACUUUGUGUGGUCCCUGUGGAAACGACUUCAAGUGGAACAUCCCGACUUGACCCAGGCUGUGAGUCUGGUAGUUGAGCGGGAGAAGCACAAAGGUGAGAUGAAGGACAGGAAGGUGCUGGAGAUCCUUCAGGCCAAAGACUUGCAGAUACAGGAGCUGAAGCAGCAAGUGUCCGAAAAGCAGCCAAAGGUGAACAAGCGAUGCCCAUCGAUGGCCGAGGAGGUGGCUUUAAUGAAGAGCGAGCUGGACGCCGUGAGUCAACAGCUGCUCGACAAGAGCGCGCAACUGCAGGAAUUGAAGACGGAGUGUGGGAGGAAAGAGGAGGAGGCGCAGCGGGCGGCGCGUGCACUCGAGGAGGAGAAAGGGGGAUUAGCGUCCCGCUGCGUCGCCCUGCAAGCUGACCUGGAGGAGAAGGAGAGGCGGGCCCAGCACCAGCGUGACCAGAGGGAGGCUGCUCAGGCCAGAGUCAAGGAUCUUGAGGAAGAAGUGCGGAUCGCCCGGCAGGAGGUAUCCACCACGCAGAGCCACAACAGCGCCCUGGCAGCUCGCCUCUCCACCAAAGAACAGGAAGCGGCCACAAAAGACCAUCGGCUUCGCAAACUCGGGUGUGAGUUCAGCGAAGUGCAGAUGUUGUACAAACGGAGCGCAGAGCACGCGGCGGCCCAAAGCCAGCUCAUCAAGCAACUGGAGGGACUCAACGUGGACACGCAGAAGGUGAUGAGGAACCAGGAAGAAGCGCAUACUGCUGACACCAAUUCGUGUCAGAAGCUCUACAGCGAGUUGAGCCAAUGCUACCAGACCCUCAUGUCAAGUGAGGCCAAGCUGCGGAAGAGCCACCAGGAGCUGAGCAGCCAGCUGGCCCACAAGGAGAAGCACAUCUUGCAACUGCAGGCCCAGCUGCAACAACAACAACAGCUCCGACAAACUCAGCGGGCAGAAAUUUCCAUCUCAAGCAACCGACAAACCAACUUGAAGGCACCCGCGUCCGAGCUGACGGUCGCCGCCGCCGCGUCCCCAAAGCUUCGCCGCAAUCAUUCAGAGGAUGAAGUCUCUCCUGUCGGGAGGCGACAGGGCGCAGCUGUACGGCGAUCCCGGUCUCUGUCCCCAGCGGGCAGCGUCGAACUUUAUCACGGAAGAAAAAGAGAAGCGCAACAAAGAAUUCAAGACCUCGAAGACCUGCUGCAGUCAAAGACUGAGGAGAAUGAAGAACUGAGGAGAGCCCACGACAGAAGACGUGAGCGUCUUUUGUUAGUACAGAAGAACUACAAGGCCGUCAGAGACCAGCUAAAAGCGGCAGAGAAAGCAAACGACAUGCCACACGGAAAGAUACCUCGCGCCGAGCCCUGGCAGCUAAGACAAGAGAACAGCGAUGCGGUGUGGAACGAACUUGCCUACUUCAAAAACCUCACCCGUAAACUCACUCUCGAAAAGGUCAGCUUGGAAGAGGAGCUGGACAUGCUUCGUGUCCAGGCUGUGAUGGAUCGGGCCACGAUGAAGGAGUUCCACCUGAGUCUCACUGAAGAACACCAAGAACUGCUUCGCAAAGUGGAAGAGGAGCGCCGGGUCAAAAGCACUUCUCCGGAAAGGCCCUCCGUUUCUUCGAAGCGGUUGGAGCAGUCGUUUGUGAAGAUUGAGCAGCUGGAGCGGAGGAUGAUGUCCCUGGAGGGCGACACGGAGCUUCUGAGGGAAGAGAAACAGCAGCUCCUUGAGGCCAACGAAGACCUGGUCCACGACUGCCGCGGACUCCAAGCCUCGCUGGAUCACCUGCGAACCCAGGAAGCCGUCCGCCUGCAAACCGUACAGGCCCAGAACCAGGCCCAGGCCUCGGCUCAGGAGGAACGACAUCGCGGCGAGGUGGCGGCUCUCCGAUCCCGACUGGCCGACUCUCGGAAAGAGUCCGGCGAGCUCCAUCGGCGGCUCCUGAAGCUGAGGCAGGAGAUUGGCAUUCUCCGGGCGGCCGGGGACUUCAACAGGAAGAGCGCGGCGGGGCCGAGCGGGAUCGCCGGCAACAAGGCUAAGCUGAAAACAAUUCGGCUCCGGGGUUCAUUACGCCAGCGCAGCCACCCGACCGUCGCCGCCAAUCAAGCCAUCAGCUGGCAAGGCCGUAGCCCGAGUCCCUCCAAGGACGAGUGGGAGGACAUGAGCGUAGCGAGCGACAGCGAGGAAUACUCAGACAGCCUCAACGGCGCGCCCUCGGGGACCAGGCCUCGCGCACAGCACAAGAGGAAGUUCGACAGGUGGCAGACAAACGCGGGCCAGACAGCGCCGCCGCCGCCGGCGGAUUCCGGCGGGAAGCAUCCAGGCGAUAAACAGCACGAGGGUUUCGAACGUGGCGAGAAGAGACGGAAGUGGCUGCUAAUAAAGACCCGUCACGGCGCCGCGACCGCCUUGCAGCACCGCGUCGAAUCCCUACAGCGGCACGUGGAGGUAUUGCGACGUGCCAGGAAGGAUGCCGCGCUAUCAGCCCGAGAGCAGCGAAGCGCCAACAACAAGAUGGCGGCGCAGCUCAACUCCCUCGCCGACAAGCUGGCCAGCAGCAAGCAGCUCACGCAGAAGCUGACAUCUGAUUUGGUGGGUCUGGAGCAGCAGAAGAAGGUUGUGGAGAUGGAGCUGGAGCAGUGGAGGCAAAGCACUUUCCCCCGUCGCACAGCUGAAUGCUCCUGCCAGGCCUUGGAGGCGGAGGUCAAACAACUGCAAGCCAAAGUCAAGAGUACAAGUGCGGAGGUCACGAGGCAGGUGGCCGCUAACAAAGCCCUGCGAGGCCAAGCGCAGGAGAAGGAGGACAAAGUCCGCCAGCUGCAGGACAAAGCGAGCCACGCCGAACGGGACGUGACCAUGAAGAGGCAGCUGGUGGAGGACCAGAGGACGAGGCUCAAGUUUUUGCAGGAGAUGGAGAAAAGUUACCGUGGCCAGGUGGAGGAGCUGGAGAAGAAGGUCAAAUGUUUAUCAGAAGAAGCUUCCAACAGAAAGGCCUUCAUCGAAUCUCUCAAACGGAGACUGAGCGUCGCAACCGAAGAGAAAAGCCAACAUGAGGACUCCUGCGCCAAACUGAAGGGUGACUUGGAAAAAAAGGAGCAGCGCAUCCAAGCCCUGCAGGCUCGCGUGGGAGCCGGCGAGCAGGCCUUGGCCGUUCUGGAGCGGAGCGCCGCCGAGCAAACGGAGCAGCUGACCCGGCAGCGCUCCCAAGCGUUGGACGAGCUUCAGAGGCAGCUCGGCCAGGCCUCCUCCCAGCUGGAGCAGCUCCGAUCUUUCAUCAAGGCGCUGGCCGGCGAAACGCUCCUCGACGUGCACGAGGUCAAACGGCAGCUGAUGAAGAGGAGGAGGAGGGCGGCCGGCGUUGUUGCGGCCAAAGGCGGCCCAUCAGCCAAAUCCAUGAUCAAAGCCAAAUCCGUCGCCGCCUCCAUCCUCAAUAUGUCCGAGAACGAUCUGGCCGACAUCAUGGACUCGGAGCAGGGGACAGAGAGCCUUUCAGAGGAUUCCAAAGAUCAGGCAUGGCUGGACAAUGUCAACCACAUCCUCCAGCAAAAGAUCCCUUCUGCCGUCCAGCUAAUGGAGGCUUUGCGUGUGAAGAUGAAGGAGAGGAAAGUGCUGACAGAAGAGCUGGCCGCGCUGGCGGCAGCAGCCGCAGUCAGCGAAAAAGCCUGACUCCCCGGGCUGAGGCUGGGAAAACUGUCAUCCUCUUCUUUUUCGACCUCCCCUCCACCCUCAACCCCCGCCCGCCCGCCUCGGUGGGAACUCGACCGGGCUGAGCCUCAGACCCGCAGCGGGCCGAGCUUUUUGUAAUGAGCCCCUCAACAUCUGUGUUCCAGAAGCGCCUUUUAGCCCCAAACUCCUCAAGAAGGAGCAAAUGCUGAUUUUUUAAAAUCUUUUCUUUUUUUUAAUUGGCACUUUAUGGACUUUGACCCGGCAAAUGCCAAAUCGACACUUUGAAGAAAAGUAAAAUGGUCGUGGGGGGGAUUUAAGUCAUUUUGUUGACCAAGAAUUAUCUCCUUAAAUAAUGGAUUUUUUUUAAUGGUUUGUAUUUCAAAAAAAAAAAAAAAAAAAAAGGAAAUCUGUUGUCUUCUAUUUGUGAAAAUCUGUCUGUGAGCAAUUUGGCUGCACUGUUACAAAAAAAGUGGACCCAAUUUACAUAAUAAGCACCCCUUCCAAAUUUCUCAGCCCAUGACUUUUUCAGCUAGGCCGGGUGACUAUCCAGUGCCACUUUCAAGUUGCUCCAUCACACUCUCUCUGCUGGUGAUUGACAGCCACCUGGUGGGCGGCGGCCCCUCGCUGUUGACAUCACAAACAAGUGCAUCGCGGCUCUCCGCUGUCCUUGAGCCGGCCGACGUCCUCCACUGGAGACCCCACACACACACACACUUCUCUUUUCAAAUCACCUCCUCUCCUUUUCAUUUGCCUCUCUCGCUCUCUCCAUGUUAUGUAUAAUUAACCGUGCAAAGAAUCCUCCGUUGAAGAAUUAAAAAAAAAAAUAUCCACUUUUUAAUCCCCUCACCGCUGCCACCACCCUCCUCCCUUCUCUAGCAUAUGCUAAUGAUGUCGUUUUCCUUUAUCUUUUUAUAAUAAAGGAUUAGACCAG